UGACAAUAGAGUCACGUGAACAAACCAGCAGCAUCGGAUCAGCUGUUUUUGACAAUUGUGUGAAUUUUGAUGAAUUUGGUAGUGUGUGUGUUGAUCAAAGGAAUAAUAACGGAAUCUAAGGGCUCAUACUUUGGUAAUGAGAGACUUGAAUUAAAACAAUGGGAGGUGGUGGAAGGGAGAAAACGGCAAACGGGAAGUCGACGGAAAACGGCGACACAAAUCAAAGUUCGCCGAAGUCUACCGACAAGUUACAGAAACAGUCCGAGGAGGACGAUGAUAGGAUUCCCCCGCCGGACGGGGGGUGGGGAUGGAUGGUGGUCUUGGCGUCAUUUAUCAUCCAUGUGAUAGCUGAUGGCAUUGUGUAUUCAUUCGGCAUUUUCUACAUCGAAUUUCUUGAUUAUUACAAAGGCGGGAAGGGCGAGACGGCGUGGGUUGGAUCGUUGGUGCCUGGAGUUACCUUAAGCGUCGGUCCUCUGGCGAGUAUAUUGACAAACAAGUACGGAUGUCGGGCGUGCACUAUAGCGGGGUCCAUUAUAGCGUCGGCUGGCUUUGUCCUCAGUCUGGCGGCGCCAAAUCUCUACUUCCUCUACUUCAGUUUCGGCAUCAUGGCGGGCCUGGGGUUCGGUUUGAUAUACCUGCCGGCCAUCGUGAGCGUCGGCUAUUACUUCGAGGAAAAGAGGGCGUUUGCCACAGGCCUUGCCGUCUGUGGUAGCGGUCUGGGGGCUUUCAUUUUCAACCCGUUCUCCAAGUACCUUAUUGACGAGUUUGGGUGGCGCGGCGCCAUUCUCAUUGAGGCGGGGAUUAUCCUAAACUGUGUUAUUUGUGGGGCUAUGUUCAGACCUUUACAGCGGCGGAAAGGCGUUAAAGGUGCAGGCGGGAAGAGUGGUGGUAAUAAGGAAAAACAGCCCUUAAUGAUGAAGGAUUCGGAACUUGUAAAGGACCGUUUAGAGUUGGAGUUAGUUGUGCAUGCGCACGGAGAUGAUGAUUACACGACCGCCUCUCAGCCAUCCUCCCCAAAUCACGUGGUCAGUCAGAUGACGUUGCUGGACGCGCCGCCUCGUAGGGAGACUGCGUUAUUCCGGAGCGAGGGGGCACUCCACCGGACGGGCAGCGGGCAUAAGCCAGUGGUCCCCUCGCCGCUCACAGUGGACAGCACGGGGCAGCAGCGGCCGCCGGGCGUGAGGCGGCAACACUCAGAGGACCACCAUCACUACCACCAACACCACCAUUAUAACCACCGCAGCGGUGCGCGACACCCCACUGCUCUUGGCGGGAACCUGUACGGCAGCGGGAGUCUGAUGAAUAUAUCCCUGCAGCGCUCGCAUCCAGCGCUGUACAUCGCCUCGAUCGCCUCCAUUCCGCACGAACAUACGGACAUUCAGAAGAGACUGUGCUGCUGUCUCAUCCCCGCCGACUUGUACUUCUCACUCAAGCAAAUGUGUGAUCUCAGCCUUUUGAAAGACUAUGUUUUCCUCAUGUUCGUUAUUUCUAACUUUUUCACGAGCAUUGGCUUCAAUAUGCCGUUCAUAUUCCUCACCGAUCGUGCCGUUGACGAAGGGAUUAGUGAGGAGGAUGCAAAAUGGCUCGUCUCGGCGAUAGGAAUUUCCAACACGGUGGGGCGGGUACUAUUUGGCUUCCUAGCGGAUCGUCGAGGUGUGAACAGGCUCAUGUUGUAUAACUGCGCAUUGACAAUCUGCGGGGUGGCCACGGCGCUCUGUCCCCUCUGUUACAACUUCUCACUACUUGUUGUCUACGCCUGUGUGUUCGGACUGUUCAUAGGAGUGUACGUAUCGCUGACGUCAGUGGUGCUGGUUGACCUGUUGGGUUUGGAAAUGCUCACAAACUCAUUCGGACUACUGCUGAUGUUCCAGGGCAUAGCUACACUUGUAGGACCACCAAUUGCUGGGUGGCUUUAUGACGGCACCGGAAGUUAUGACAUUUCCUUCAUCGUGGCGGGCAUUGUCGUGGCAUUUAGUGGCGUUAUGUUGUUCUUCAUUCCACUCGUGAGAAAGUGCCUUAUCAUAGACGACGAAUCAGUGUCGGGCGACGAGAUUGCGAUAGAAGAUGGCGAAGCUGUGUAAAGAAUAUGGAGUUAAAUGUAUGGCGUCUUAAAUAUGGCGUUGGAUACCAGUAACCUAGUUGAUCCCUUGACCUGGCCCCUAUUUCUCGAAACUACUCAAGUCCCUUAUACAUGUAACAUGAUAUAACAUGAUGAUGCUAUGCUCACUAUUUUGAUUUGAUAUGAUUCGGUAAUAUUUACUUCUUUAAGGGUUUUUAGACUUCAAUAAAGAAUAAUAUUUAUUAUAUUCACAAUAAAACCUUUUUUAUUUAUCAAAAUCAAAUUUAAGUAUGUACUUAUUGGAAUAAGAAACUACAGCCUGUUAAGCUUAAGAGGUUUCGAAAAAAGGGGCCCGUUAUGAUAGGCCAUGGAUUAGGUGAAUCUUGGAUCGAACCGGGUACCAUUUAUGAUAGUGGCAGACAACAAUUCCACUUUAAGGACACAUAAAUAACUGACGGAGCUUAAGUGUAUGACUUUCAGACCGAUGACGAUUAUGAGGGCAGAUGUUUAUUAAUAAUGACGCUGAUAUAAAUCUGUGUUUAUAAAACAUGUUAUGUGUUAAAACAUUUAGUUUAAUCAAAAAAAAGGAAUUAAGGCCGCAUGGUUAGUAGUUUUCUUAUAUAAUGUAGUGAUCCUUAAUAACUUAUAAAUGAUAGUAAUAAAGACGGUGCAGAUCUUCCCACAAUCUACUCGAAGAUUUAUUGUAUAAUAUAACUUUACAAGUGGCACCUCCAGUCUGGUCUGAAGUUUACAGCAGCAUAUUUCAGACAUACUAAAACAAGUCAAGGAUACUUAUUUUAAAAUUGCUUUCUAUUUUAUUUCAUUUUUAUGUUGUUGUUUAUUGUAUUAAUUGGAGAGUAUUUUUUCCGAGCCUUCCAUUUCUUACAGUUGGACGGACUCAAUCACAGCAGGAUAUCACAAUUGCUUAAAUAUAUUUAAAGCGAGCAAUGUUCGAAUUAUACAAGCAAUAUAUUCGCAAUAUAAUGUCUGUAUUUUUUUUUAGUUCAAGUAAUCUAUUUAGACUAGUGCAAUAUGUUUGUAAUCAUUUUCAUACUUGGUACAGUACAAAAUCUAAUAAAAAAAGUGUGUAAAGACGCAUGUUGUAUUUCGUCAACAUUUUGUAUUUUAUUUAUGUUAAGUAUUUGUCUCACAGAUGCCUCCCUCGUUUGAAUAUGCCAGGUAUAUUUACUGCCACAUAUGUAUAAUGUAAACUUGAUAUAAAACAGUUUUUAAACAUUUUAGAAACAGUUAUUAUGAUAAGAUAAAAAGGAGUAUGUUGUUACUUGCUCGCCGAUGGGUCUUGCGCCUAACACUCAUCGCCCUCCACCUACAACACUGUGUUUUAAAGACAAUGUUGAAUGUCUCUUGCCCUUGAACUUUAAAUUCAUUCAAGAUAUAUAAACGUAACUCGGAACACAUGUUGCCAGAUACGAUACGCACUUGUUUAGCAAGGCGCAUAACUCUUAUAGAAAUUAUGCUUAUAUGAAUUAUGCCCCUUGUUCGACUAAAAAAAUAAAAGACGUGCGAUGGCAUUUGCUCCGCGGCGCUAUUUGUUUUUGUCUUAACAUUGUACUUGUACGUCUUAAUGUAAACAUUAUGCAAUAAAUGAAAUAUAUAUUGACAAA